AUGGAGAUAACCAAACGACGAAUCGUCUCCCUUACCACAGGGAAACCCAUUGCUCUCCCACUGACCACAUCCCGACGAACAAAUACGACCUCCCAACCACAAGAUGGCCAGACCAUCCAUCUCCCCGACGAGAGGCAGCUGGGGUAUGCCGAAUACGGCUGCGCGACAGGACUCCCGCUGAUGUGGUUCCACGGAUAUCCCUCUUCACGUUUGGAAGGCCAGGGUAUAGACAAGAUCGCGCAACAGCUUGGGAUCCGGGUUAUUGCCCCCGAUCGCCCUGGCUUCGGGCUGUCCACUGUCCAAGCACACCGGCACAUCUUGGACUGGCCCGCUGAUGUCCAGGCUCUUGCAGGCCAUCUGGGUCUUGCCCACUUUGCCGUCCUCGGUGGCUCUGGUGGUGCGCCAUAUGCGCUUGCAUGCGCACAUGGGCUUCCAGCAGAUAUGUUGUCGGGAGUGGGGAUCAUGGCUGGCGCUGGGCCGUGGCAGGCUGGGGCACAUCAUAUGCCGCUGCUGUAUCGGGUGACAGCACAGGCGGCGCAUUAUUGGCCUGCAGCGUUGAGAUGGUUAUUGGAUCUGUCGGUGUGGAUGCUGCGGAAAGUGUUGGCCACUCGCACCGUGACUCGAUGGUUGGAUAACUCCAUUCAAAAAUCUAUAUCCAAAAAAGAACAGGAGAAUGGACGGAGCGUUGAAGAGAGAAGACAGCGAACGCUGCGCAUGAUGUUUGAGGGGUUUGCGCAGGGCUCGGAUGCAUCAGUGGACGAGGCGAAGCUGCUCACUCAGGACUGGGGAAUUCCGUUUGAGGAUGUGACAUACGACCCAAUCUUGAUGUGGCAUGGAGCAAAGGAUUACAAUGCUCCGGUGGCCAUGGUGCGGUAUAUGGCGGAGCGGCUGCCACAUUGUGUGUUGAAGGUGUAUGCGGAUCACACGCAUUUUACGCUCCACGCGCAUCUGGACGAGAUCCUUUCCGAGCUGAUUCCAAAGAAGUGA